GGGUCCAUCGAACAGAUGACGUGUUACAGCGGGUCCUUGCUGCUUCCGGUUCCGCGUGUAAACAGUGUGAGGUCCUGUCAUACAGACCAGAAUAAUGUCGAAAGUAACGUUUAAAAUCACGCUGACGUCGGACCCUCGGUUACCAUAUAAAGUAUUAAGUGUACCUGAGAGCACGCCAUUCACGGCAGUUUUGAAAUUUGCAGCAGAGGAGUUUAAAGUGCCAGCAGCCACCAGUGCCAUCAUUACAAACGAUGGCAUCGGAAUCAACCCGGCGCAGACAGCAGGAAAUGUGUUCCUGAAACAUGGCUCGGAGCUACGAAUCAUUCCAAGAGAUCGGGUCGGAGGAUGUGACUAUCUAGUGCUUUUCUGUCACAGACAAUGAACAUGCUUAUUUAUUGUUCGGCCCUGAGGUGUCAACUCUCAUGGGCACUGCUGCGGCUCCAAAUCUGUCAGAGGACCUCACAAAUCUCACCGAGCUGCCGUCACAGCCCCCUUCUCAAAGAUUUACACUCGCAGGAUGUUGACGAUUUGUUGUGCUCCCAAAUUUCAAACCACUAGGUAUUUAUCUUUGAUCUUUCACCAAAAAAUUCCAGCUCUCUUUUUUAAGAUCACACACUUAAUGUUCAUAAAGCAUUUUACAUGUCUUAAGUACAUAAUAUUUACUUAAAGUCCAAUUAGAUGUUUAAAUACCUUUGAAAAAUAUGAUUCUCAUUUUCCAUUUUAAGAAGAAAAGUCAAAUGAAUGGAAAACAUCAUGUUUUGGCUUUUUUUCUUCAUAUUUUGUUUCAUUAAUGGUUGUUUUGAGCUGUUAUUGCAGGCAGAUAAUGACAGUGCCUAUGUGAUGAAACUCCUGCAGUUGUGUAGUUAAACAAAACUAUAAAACAGUAUGAUUAAAGAAGCUCUAAAUAAGAUAAUAAAAUAUGCAUUUCAUAAUAUACUUACUAUGUAAAAAAAUUAUUUACAAAAUAACCCUUCCCAUAGUUGUAAUGAAAUGUUACAUAAACCAAUUUGAUGUCUCAAAAGUCGCUUUCUGUAACUUUCCUGGUCACUCAAGUCGGCGUGCCUUUUCAUUAAGGCUUCAAAUCAUGGCUUGGCUUGAAUAGUACAUCAGGCUAAUGAAUGACAGGCUCUACCUUUGCUUUUACACCCUCCACUUACCCUCCUUCCCUUACAUUACUGUUAGGCGGAGGAGGAGGAGAAGGAGAAAGGUGGAGGAGGAGAAGGGUCUGACUAUUCAGUGUGAUAAUGGAUCUUUCAUUUGUUUCAAUAAAAGAGCAGGCAUGCUGUGCCCUUUCCAUGCCACUCAUUACUGGGAAAAGGGGAGAAGUGCAUUAUAAAUACAGCAAGGCCUACAUUAUUCAAACGCAGACAUGUUACUCUGGCUCACAUUUGAAAAGGCAUCUCUUGCCUCUAGCCUCAUUUGGCAGGAAAUGAUGCGGUUUGUUCAUUAGCCGUGGAAGAAAUUGUGCUUUUACGAAAGUGAAAGGGCUUGCCAGUGUGACAAAUGUCAAAUUUAGAAGUAAAAAAGUUACAAAUACACUUGAAGUAGUCUUGUCAUAAACAUUAAAGAAAGCAUUGAAUACCGA